AUGGCUAUCCCAGAGGAGGUUGAUAUCAUCAUUUGCGGUGGCGGUAGCUCGGGAUGUGUCCCUGCAGGCCGUCUCGCGAACCUCGAUCCCAAACUAUCAGUUUUAUUGAUCGAGGCAGGCGAAGAUAACCUGAACAAUCAAUGGGUUUACCGCCCGGGUAUCUACCCCAACAACAUGAAGCUCGACUCGAAGACCGCCUCGUUUUAUAAAUCGAGACCGUCUGAGCAUCUGGAUGGUCGCCAGGCAAUCGUUCCUUGUGCAAACAUUCUCGGAGGUGGUAGCUCUAUCAACUUUAUGAUGUACACCAGAGCCUCGGCGUCUGAUUACGACGAUUUCCAGGCAAAAGGUUGGACGACUAAGGAGCUUCUUCCCUUGAUGAGAAAGCACGAAACCUACCAACGUGCUAGCAACAAUCCCGAGCUGCAUGGUCAAGAUGGACCUAUUAAGGUCUCAUUCGGCAACUAUACGUACCCGAUCAAGAAUGAUUUCCUUCGCGCUGUUGAAACCCAAGGCAUUCCAUUCACGGAUGAUCUGCAGGAUUUGAAGACCGGCCAUGGUGCGGAGCAUUGGUUGAAAUGGAUCAACCGUGAUACCGGACGCCGAAGUGAUGCCGCCCACGCCUAUGUCCACAGCACCCGAGCUAAGCACACCAACCUCCACCUCCAGUGCAACACCAAGGUGGAGAAAGUGAUUGUUGAGAAUGGCCGGGCUGUCGGUGUGGUAACAGUGCCAACCAAGCCCCUCAACGGAGGCGAGCCAGUCCGCCGGAUCUUCAAAGCCCGAAAGCAGAUCAUCAUCAGCGCAGGCACCAUGAGUUCCCCACUGAUUCUCCAGCGUUCUGGCUUUGGUGACCCCGAGAAGCUGCGUCGGGCUGGUGUAAAGCCUUUGGUCAACCUCCCCGGUGUUGGCCGCAACUUCCAGGACCACUAUUUGACCUUCUCGGUGUACCGAGCCAAGCCUGACGUCGAGUCUUUUGAUGACUUCAUCCGUGGAGAUCCCAAGGUGCAGAAGAAGGUGUUCGAAGAGUGGGAUAAAAAGGGCACUGGACCAUUGGCUACUAACGGUAUUGAUGCUGGAGUCAAGAUUCGGCCUACGGAGCAGGAGCUCACGGAGAUGAAGAAGUGGCCAACCCCGGACUUCACAGAGGGGUAUGAGUCGUACUUCAGGAACAAGCCUGACAAGCCCGUUAUGCACUACUCGAUCAUCUCUGGCUGGUUCGGAGACCACAUGCAUAUGCCUCCUGGCAAGUUCUUCACCAUGUUCCAUUUCUUGGAAUACCCCUUCUCUCGUGGAUUCACCCACAUCCAGUCGGCAGACCCGUAUGAAGUCCCUGAUUUUGACGCUGGCUUCAUGAAUGACAAGCGUGACAUGGCUCCUAUGGUCUGGGGAUAUAUCAAAUCCCGUGAAACUGCCCGGCGCAUGAGCUCGUAUGCCGGAGAAGUCACUGCGAUGCAUCCUCAAUUUGCAUUCAACUCACCUGCUCGUUCGCAAGACAUGGACUUGGCGACGACCAAGGCAUAUGCAGGCACGAACCACAUUUCUGCUGGCAUUCAGCACGGCUCUUGGACGACUCCAUUGGAGCCUGGAAAGCAACCCGGACCUCAAAUUCUGAACUCCAACAGACACGAAGCUCGUCCUUCCUUGGAGUACAGUGAUGAUGAUAUCAAGCACAUUGAGAAGUGGAUUUCUCGUCACGUUGAGACCACCUGGCACUGCCUUGGUACAUGCAGCAUGGCCCCACGGGAGGGUAACUCCAUUGCGCCCCACGGAGGUGUUGUGGACGAACGCCUCAAUGUGCACGGUGUCAAGGGCCUCAAGGUUUGCGAUUUGUCGAUUUGCCCUGACAAUGUGGGCUGCAACACUUUCAGCACUGCUCUGCUUAUCGGCGAAAAGUGUGCAAUGCUGGUUGCAGAGGACCUUGGAUACUCUGGAUCCGAUCUCGACAUGAAGGUGCCCACUUACCACGCCCCGGCUGAAUUCUCCAAUCUUUCCCGCCUUUGA